GUGCGGAGCGCAUCGCGCAGGCGCCGUCCUCGCCGCCGCCCCGGCCUGGAGGGGAACAAAGGGAGUGCGGCCGGAGCUGGAGCGGAAGUACAAAUAUAAUGUCAGGUGGCUGAAAAUUUGCCUAUCAAAAUGUCAAAAAGGCCAUCUUAUGCCCCACCUCCUACCCCAGCUCCUGCAACCCAAAUGCCCAGCACACCAGGGUUUGUGGGAUACAAUCCAUACAGCCAUCUGGCCUACAACAACUACAGGCUGGGAGGGAACCCGGGCACCAACAGCCGGGUCACGGCUUCCUCUGGUAUUACCAUUCCAAAGCCCCCCAAACCCCCAGACAAGCCCCUGAUGCCCUACAUGAGGUACAGCCGGAAGGUCUGGGACCAAGUGAAGGCGUCCAAUCCUGAUUUGAAGUUAUGGGAAAUUGGCAAGAUUAUUGGAGGAAUGUGGCGAGAUCUCACUGAUGAAGAGAAGCAAGAGUAUUUGAAUGAAUAUGAAGCCGAAAAGAUAGAGUACAAUGAGUCCAUGAAGGCCUACCAUAACUCUCCUGCCUACCUUGCCUACAUCAACGCAAAAAGUCGUGCGGAGGCUGCGUUGGAAGAAGAAAGCCGACAAAGGCAGUCGCGCAUGGAGAAAGGUGAACCCUACAUGAGCAUACAGCCCGCGGAGGAUCCCGACGAUUACGACGAUGGGUUUUCCAUGAAGCACACGGCCACAGCUCGUUUCCAAAGAAACCAUCGUCUCAUCAGUGAGAUCCUGAGUGAAAGUGUGGUGCCCGACGUCCGCUCCGUUGUCACCACAGCUAGAAUGCAAGUUCUUAAACGCCAGGUUCAAUCCUUAAUGGUUCAUCAGCGUAAACUAGAAGCUGAGCUUCUGCAAAUUGAAGAGCGUCACCAGGAAAAGAAGAGGAAGUUUCUGGAAAGCACAGAAUCCUUUAACAACGAGCUUAAAAGGUUAUGCAGUUUGAAGGUGGAAGUGGACAUGGAAAAAAUUGCAGCUGAGAUUGCUCAGGCUGAGGAACAGGCUCGCAAGAGGCAGGAGGAACGGGAAAAAGAAGCAGCGGAGCAAGCCGAACGCAGUCAGAAUAACGUAGCGGCUGAGGAAGACCAGGCAGCUAACAAGACAGAGGAGAAGAAAGAAGAGGAGAGUGCUCCGAUGGAGACAGAAGAGCCUCACCCGGAAGAGAGCACAGAAAACCAGCAGAACGGUGAAGAAGGAACAUCUACCCCAGAGGACAAGGAGAGUGGCCAAGAAGGGGUCGACAGCACUGCAGAGGAGGGGACCAGUGACAGCAACACUGGGUCAGAGAGCAAUAGCGCGACAGUGGAAGAGCCUCCCGCAGACCCCAUCACUGAGGAUAGCGAGAAGAAAGAAUAAACAUUGACUUACUUCAUGUGUCUCUUUUUAAUGAAGUACUGUUUUGAUUUCAAAAUGUG